CCAUCACUAUUUUCUCCCUUCUUCAUCCUUUCCACCUACAUGCACUCUCUUAUUUUCCUCCCUUAUCUCUGUCCAUUUCUCUGGUUUUGACCACCUCAACUCCCUGCGUCUUAACUCCACUUCCGAUUCCCACAAACAAAUGUAAAACACAGAACAAUGUGUGAUCCUAUCUUGUGUUUUUGAACCCCCAAAAGAAAGUUUUGUAUUUACCCUGCCCUCAUACAAUCACUCACAUUAUCAACCAGCAUGAUGAUUCGUCGUCAUAUUUUUCAGAACGCAAUGCAUCAUAACUAUACUUACAUGAAAGGUGGGAGUGACGCUCACUCCUCCCAGUGGUCAUCUGACACCGAGUACCAAAAGAAGAAAGUCCAGAUGGCCAACAAACAGAGGGCAAAGUUUGCUGCCUUCCGACAGCCCCUGAAGCUCCCGCCUAUCAAGCACCUGCAGGUUUCAAGGGUGAAGUUUCAGUCUGAGAACAUGAACCGGAUCAGGGAACUGAAAAGCCAGAUGACUGAACUGCAGCAGAAACUGACUGAAGUCAAGGAGGAGAACAAACUAUUGAAGAGGAUUGAGCACCAGAACACCGCUGCCCUGCAAUAUUUCCUUUAUUCCGAGGAUAGCAUCACUCAGAUCCUCGCCAGGCACGAGAAGGAGACCAGGGUCCUGCAGAGACUGCUACGGGACACUCGGGCCAGUCGUGAUGCACUGGCCAAAAAGCUGGAGCUCACAGAGAGGGAGCUCUUGUGCACCAAAGACAAACUGCAUCACCUGCAGCAGCUCAAUGAGGACAGGAACCUGCUGGAAAGAGAGACCCUCACCAACAGGUUGGCUAAGGCAACGGCCGAGCUGGAAAAGAAGGACAAGAGGAUACAAGAAUUAGAGAGAAUGUUAGAACUUCGUGAAGCUGCAUUCAAUCGCCAGCUGACCACAGAACAAAAGAAGGUCAAGGAGGUGACAGAGAUAGCCAUUGACCUGAGAGAAGAAGUUUCAAUCUUGAACAGGAAAGUUGAAAGUCAGGAGAAAGAAUUAAACAUCCAGAACAUUUAUGACUUCCGGCUCCAAAGGGGGACAUACAGAAGAGGAGGGAAAAGCAAAAUGAUUCAAACAGACGAAGUGAUUCAAAAGCCAACUAAAGACGCAGCACUGCAAUGUUCUGACACUGAGCAGAGCACUACUACAGUGGGAGAGCCAGUCGAAGAGCCUGAGAAAGAACCAGAGGAGGAACCAGUAGAGGAACCAGUGGAGGAGCCAGCAGAGGAGCAGGUGGAAGAGCCCAGUGAGGAAGUGCUUGAGGAGCCAGUGGUGGAGCCGAUUCCUGUUGCAGAACCAGAAGCACCACCUGUAGUGUCUGUUGAGGAGACUGAAUCAGAGACUGAGUCGGACGAUGACUUUACAGAAUUUGGUGAACUCGAAGAGUCGCAGGAAACCACAGAGGACCCCUCAGAAGAACCUGAAAGCCACGACUUGGACCUUGGAAUGGAAUGUGGGGACAAAUUAAAAAAGUUCAAAACCCUCAAAAUAAGAAAUGGCCCAAGACACAUAUACACCUUCACACAGGUGAUUGAGAACCUUCACAAUGGUCUACCUGCAUUCUAUGUUCCCUGAGUGCUGGUCAGAGUCGGACUGUGCUGUGAACAUCUCAAAUAGAAGUGACGUUUCAAGCCUUCCUGUCUAAUGAUUUUUGACACCACUCGUGCUGAUGAUUGAUGACUGCAGGAAUUCCUCUGAUGCCAACAGCUUUCAUUUUUGUGCUUUGAAUUCUGUGUUUACAGAAGCAAAAUGCAUACGGACAGAUGCUGAGCAAAUAUUUAUAGCAAAUAUUUAUUACAACUUUUUCAAUUGUGUCAAGUUAUAAAUAAU